CGAGCCAGCAUAAGGAUCGAUUAAAUGAUGAUUGCUGCAACUAUUCUCCAUUCAAGUUUUCAGUGAUUUUUCUAGACAUCCUCUGUAUCGAAGCCGACGAAUUUUUAACCAAGGACAUUUCGCGAUUCACGGUACCAGGAUUAGAGGAAGGGGGCGCCUUGAAAAGCUCCGAGGCAACUCCGUUCCGAACCGCUCAAUAUUCAUCCCUUGGUGGCUGGACGAGAACGCUACUACUACUUCUUCUUCUUCUUCUGCUGCUAUUGCUGCUACUGCUGCUGCCGCUUCUGCUUCGACCCUACUCGAAUCGACCGUUCCUCCCUUAGCGUUCUCUUUGCUUGCCGUAAUAUUUCGGACACAGAAAGAGACGCAGGAGGAACUGGGAUAGCAGUUUAAGACAGAAGAAGUGAGAAAAAGAAAAAGAGGGAAGAAUAAGGAAGACUUCCAAUAAUUCAUCUUUUGACUUAACGAAAUGGAAGGAAAGAAAGUCGAACAGUAUUACAGUCCACCGCCAAAGCUCGGUAAAUGGGAAGGCUUCAGGGUCUUUCUAUGGAAUUCGGAAACCGGACAAUUUCUUGGACGUACCGGUGCAAGUUGGGCCAAGAUCCUUUUAUUCUACGUCCUUUUCUAUGCGGUACUCUGUGGUUUCUUCGCCGCCAUGUUGGCCGUCUUCUACCAGACGUUAGAUCCAAAAGCACCAAAAUGGCAAUUGAACAGUUCGUUGAUCGGUACCAAUCCAGGAUUAGGUUUCAGGCCGAUGCCACCUGAGAGUAACGUUGAAAGUACUCUGAUCUGGUACAAAGCUAGCGACGAAGGUAACUUUCUUCAUUGGACCAAAGAAUUGGAUGCAUUUCUCGAAGAAUACCAAAAGAGUGGAACGUCUGGUGGUGAUGCUGAACAGAGGGUCCGCUGUGAUUAUGGAAGACCUGCGCCAGCUGGUAAAGUUUGUGAUGUUGAUAUGAGCCAAUGGGGACAAUGCACGAAGGAGAAAAAAUAUGGUUUCAACAAAUCGGCACCUUGCAUCUUCCUCAAAUUGAACAAGAUCUUUGGAUGGAUGCCAGAUUUUUAUAACGACACUAAAACUCUUCCAACCGGUAUGCCGACUGACCUUCAAAAUCAUAUUAAAAAGGAAGAAAGUGGUCAAAGAUUAGACACCGUUUGGGUAUCUUGUGCCGGUGAAAAUAGUGCUGAUAUUGAAAAUAUGGGUCCUAUUCAAUAUAUACCACGUCGUGGUUUCCCUGGAUAUUAUUUCCCAUUCACAAAUACACCGGGUUAUCUAAGUCCGCUCGUCGCUGUCUUCUUUGAAAAGCCUAAAUACGGUGUAUUAAUCAACAUCGAGUGCAAGGCCUGGGCGCACAAUAUAAUACACGACAGAUUUGAAAGGCGCGGAUCUGUACAUUUCGAAUUGAUGGUAGAUUAAAUCUCUAUUGGUUAUGGCCUCUAAGAAGACUAUUACCAACAGCGUCCAACAGUGAGAAAGAGAGAGAGAGAGAGAGAGAGAAAGAGAGGGAGAGAGAAUACAAAAGAAAAAAAUUGAGAGAGAGAGAGAGAGAGAAUGAGAAAGUGAGAGAGAACGAGAUAAAAAGCGAAAAAGUGAGAGAAGGAGAGAUAAAAAGAGAGAGAGAAAAUAGAAUAAGUGUUUACUUUUAAAAUCGAUUUCAUCGGUCCGUUUUACAAUACUAAACACGCAUCCUCGUUUCCUAUAUAUUUUAUUGUUUUAGAUAUUCUAAACGAGCCUAUUCCUACAUACCACCGUCCACAAAACUAAUGCCCCGUUUCUCCUCGUUACACUGUCAUUGUGCCAUAUAUUCGUUGUUUAUCUUUCACCGCCUAAUUAAUUAUCACCGCCACCAUCUUCUAUUUAUCUCACCAUCGUGUUCACGAAGGAUUCUAUUUCUUAAUAAUUCCAUCCUCUCUGUUAUACGUGUGGAUCUCUAUCGGAGAACGUUUCUUUACGAUAAAAGUGAUCAAAGAAACGUCGCGAAAGAGGAUAAACGUUAUCAGAGAAUCCAUCAUCGCUCUAAAAACUGGAAUGCACAAAGAAAAAAGUAAGAGAGAUUAAAACAAAACAAAAAAAAACAAAAAAAAUACGAAGAAAAGGAAAGAAAAAGAAACCAAAAAAAAAUCAUAAAAGUAUCCGAAACAAAGAAAAAGAGGAUAAAAGAUCUUGCAGCGUUAUUCCUUUAUUAUUAAAAAAAGAAAAGAAAAGGAAAAAAAAAGAGUAAACAAAAAAUCGACGAAGGGGUGUCCCUUUUUAUGUAUUGAAGAGAAACAGAUUUUUUCUUAUUAUUAUUAUUAAUAUUAUUAUUAUUAUCAUUAUUAUUUUUGAUUUGAUUUGUGAAAAAUUUGGAUCAAUUCUUUUUUUCGUUAAUCAACACGUACAAAGGUAGACCUCGCGUUUGAUAAUUCACACGUUAAUGGCCAAACACAAUUCGACACUGUCUCAUUUGCCAUCUCUAUCUUAUUGCAACAAAAACGUAAGAAAAAGAUAAACAAAAAAAGAAAAAAAAAACAGAAAAAAAGAAAAGCUCCGACGAUCUGCUCCGUUUUUAAAGCUUGCGAAUCGAAUCGAAUUGAUAUGAAUAUAUAUAUAUAUACAUGUACAUACAUACAUAUACAUAUACAUGUGUGUGUGUGUGUGUGUGUGUAUGAUAAUGCGACUGCUACCUGUUGAGAUAUUAGAGAGACAUUAUUUAAAUCGAGCGAAGAUGUCCUGAAAAGUUGUGUCUCUCCGCGUGUUAAAAAAAUAUUUAUAAAUAUUAUCUAUACAUACACAUAAACAUACAUAUAUGUAUAUAAAUAUAUAUGUUCUUUGUUAUAUCGCGUUAAUUGUAUAGUUGUUAUCAAUCUGGCACUACUCUUUUAUCAUGCUAUAUAUAUAUAUAUAUAUAUAUAUAUAUAUAUAUAUAUAUAUACAUAUACAUAUAUACACAUAUGUAUCAAAGGAUAGUUUAUCAGAGAGCCAAAUGACAGUGAGAACGAAAGAAAUAUAAAAAAAUAAUAAUAAUAAUAAUAAAGAAAGAAAGAAAACUGACACUUUCGAGCAUAACAAUUUUUUUUCUCGUGGAUCUAACUUGAAUGGGAAAAAAAAAAAACAAAGAAAGAAAGAAAGAAAGAAAAUUCUCUUCUCUUUUUCGUCAUUCAAAAUAUCACGCGUGCGUUCAACAAAUAAUACAACAAUAAUAUAUUAGAGGAAUAGCGAUGUGAUCUGAUAAUAUACGGAGUACAUUAACAUUCACUUGAGAUUAUAUUGCGUAUCACGUAAAAAAAAAAAAAGAAAAAAAAAAAGAAAAAAAAAAGAAAAAAAACGAAAAAAAAAAGAGGAAAAGAAAAAAAGAAAAAAAAGAAAAUAACCUAUCUAUAUUGUUAGAGUCUCUAUGCAAAUGAUAAUAUAAAAGAAAAAGAAAAAUAGGAAAAAGAAAAAAAAUGAAAAAAUCUUAGGGAUCGACGUGAAUCGUAGAAAAAAUUCGUAUUAAUAAAUUAAUAUCCGCUUGAGAGAGAGAGAGAGAGUGAGAGAGAGAGAAAGAGAGAGAGAGAGAGAGAAAGGAUGUCUUCUUUCGUUCCCCAACAUCCAAAGACCGAAUACACGAAGAUCAAUGAAAGAAGAAAGAAAAAGAUUAAUGAAAAAAAGGAAAAAAGAAAAUAAAAAAAAAAAAAAUAAUAAAAUGAAAUAGUAUGCAAAACAAAUGAUUUCAACCGCUCGAUCGCAAGCUGAUAUAUAAAUAAAAUGUAUUCCUAUAAAUCUCGUAAAUAUUUAUAAAAAUUGUUUUAUGAUACUUAACGUCGUACCGACAUAUAUUUAAGAAAAACGUUUCUCCUUCGUGUGUCUUUGUAGCUGAUAAUAAUUAAUAGAAAUGGAAAAAGUGGGAAGGUUCAAAAAAAAAAAAAAAA